CACACAGAGGUGCACAGGGACGGCUGACUUGAAAAUAUUCCCCAGAACGCAGCUUGCGCUCAUGCAGCACAGCAUCACGUGAAGGAGGCUGCCUGAAGAGCUGGCUGGCACAGGUUUAUUUUGUUGUAAUAUUUUCUUCCACCACCCAGCUCUUUACCCAGUGGAAUGAUAUCCAGAGCAAGUUUUUUGAGACAGGAAGUGAGGAAUGUUUUCACUAUGAGUGAUCUGAGAAGAAGGUGGGUUAGCCGAGAUAGCAGCUGUUGCAGACAAGAGCAACACAGUAAGUUCCUGAGGAAUACAGAUGAGAUGGCCCCGGGAGAAAACGCCUUGGAUCACUUUGGGAGUUUUUUGGCUACACAUAUGUGAAACGAGACUUGGUGUCUUUGGAUCACUGCACAAGGAUCCACUGGAUGCCCCUUCUACUUGUCUCUUGGUGGAAAACUUGCUUGUCUUUAAUGGAUACUGCUGCUGGUGGUUGAUCUCUGGAGACUUUACAGCUCUUUACCUUUUGAGGGGAAUAGCUACUUGUGACCUCUAAGGUCCUGCUGGCAGUAGCUCUUUGUCAGCAACCAUCACUGAGGGGAAAAGAAGAUGCCGCUACCUUUUGGGUUAAAAUUGAAACGAACUCGACGUUACACAGUAUCCAGCAAGAGUUGCUUGGUGGCCCGGAUCCAGCUGCUCAACAAUGAGUUUGUGGAGUUCACGCUGUCGGUGGAGAGCACGGGCCAGGAGAGCCUGGAAGCAGUGGCUCAGAGGCUUGAAUUGCGGGAGAUUACAUAUUUCAGUCUGUGGUAUUAUAAUAAGCAGAAUCAGCGCAGAUGGGUAGAUUUGGACAAGCCUCUGAAAAAGCAGCUGGACAAAUAUGCCUUGGAGCCAACUGUGUAUUUUGGAGUGGUGUUCUAUGUGCCUACACUUUCUCAGCUUCAGCAGGAGAUUACCAGGUAUCAGUAUUAUUUGCAAUUAAAGAAAGAUAUCUUGGAGGGCAACAUUGCAUGUACAUUGGAACAAGCAAUACAUCUGGCUGGUUUAGCUGUUCAGGCUGAUUUUGGAGACUAUGAUCAGUAUGAAUCUCAGGAGUUUCUGCAAAGAUUUGCUUUGUUUCCAGUGGGUUGGCUGCAAGAAGAGAAAAUAUUGGAAGAAGCGACACAGAAGGUUGCCUUGCUACAUCAGAAGUACAGAGGCCUUACUCCUCCUGAGGCAGAAAUGUUAUAUAUGCAAGAAGUAGAGAGAAUGGAUGGCUAUGGUGAAGAGACCUAUCCUGCAAAGGACAGCCAAGGAAGUGACAUAUUCAUUGGAGCAUGUCUUGAUGGUAUCUUUGUGAAACACAAAAAUGGCCGUCCUCCUGUGGUAUUUAGGUGGCAUGAUAUUUCCAACAUGUCCCACAACAAAUCCUUUUUUGCUUUAGAGUUGACAAACAAAGAAGAGACAAUCCAAUUCCAAACUGAAGAUAUGGAAACAGCAAAAUAUGUGUGGAGGAUGUGUGUGGCUAGACACAAAUUCUACAGACUGAAUAAAUGCAGCCUAGACUCCCUGGACUCUCCACCUGAGGAGGGCUCUCAGAAAACUUCCCUCAUUCUUUCCCUUCCACGCUUUCCAAUCCUUUCUCGUCCUUCACUUCCCAAAGGACAAACCCAGCCUGUUACAGUGAAUCCUGUUAGAAGACGCUCUUCAUCCAGGAUGUCUAUGCCCAAGCCUCAGCCUUAUAUGAUGCCUCCACCACCUCAGCUGCAUUACAAUGGCCAUUAUACUGAACCGUAUGCAUCCUCCCAAGAUAACCUCUUUGUGAGCAAUCAGAAUGGAUACUACUAUCACUCUCAGACAAGCCUGGAUAGAGCCCCUCAUGACUACAGUGGUCGGAUCCGCAAUGGCAGCGUCUACAGUGCACAUAGCACAAACUCCUUGAACAAUCCCCAGCAUUAUUUGCAGCCGUCCCCCAUGUCCUCUAACCCAAGCAUUACUGGGAGUGAUGUUCUCAGAACUGAUUAUGUGCCAUCACAUAGACACAGUGCACUAAUACCCCCUUCUUAUCGUCCCACGCCAGACUAUGAAACUGUGAUGAGGCAGCUCAACAGGGGAAUGGUGCAUGCAGACAGGCAGAGUCAUUCAAUGAGAAAUCUUAACAUCAGCAAUUCAUAUGCUUACAGCAGGCCUGAUGCCUUAGUUUACAGCCAACCUGAAAUACGAGAACACGCCCACUUUGCUUCUCCACAAUCCAACCACUAUCCAUUUAACCUCAACUACAGUUUUCAUAGCCAGUCGCCCUACCCCUAUCCUGCUGAAAAGCGCCCAGUUGUUGGGGCUGUCAGCGUGCCCGAGUUGACAAAUGUGCAGCUCCAGGCUCAGGACUAUCCAGCACCAAAUAUAAUGAAGACCCAGGUCUAUCGCCCACCUCCGCCAUACCCCUACCCAAGGCCUGCAAACAGUACUCCAGACCUCUCCCGACAUAUCUACAUAAGCAGCAGCAAUCCAGAUCUUAUCACAAGGCGAGUGCACCACUCUGUCCAGACAUUUCAGGAAGACAGCCUGCCUGUGGCACAUUCUCUUCAGGAGGUCAGCGAACCUCUAACAUCAGCACGCCAUGCUCAGCUGCAGAAAAGGAACAGUAUUGAAAUAGCAGGCUUGGCUCCCAGCUUUGAAGGAAUAAGAAUUAAAGAGAGGACCCUGUCAGCCUCUGCAGCUGAUGCGGCUCUUCCGAGAGUUAUCUCGGAAGGAUCGCAGCCCAACAUUCUGUUGGAGAGAACAAAGCAAAAAGAAAGUGAGCAAGAAGAAAGUGUGAACUGUGAUCAUAAGAAAACCCUUUCAGAUGCCACUAUGCUGAUUCACAGCAGUGAGGAAGAAGAAGAAUUUGAAGAAGAAAACAAGGCUAGUUCAAGUCUUUCCCCUCUCCCUGAAGAUCAAACCCAACUUUCAUCUGUGAUGGGUGGUUAUUCUCAUGAUCCAGUACUGAACUACCCUUAUAGCUCUGUUGCUUCAUCUGCUGGCCCUUUGCAUAUUCUUGAGCCUAAAUUACAUAUUACAGAGACAGAAAAGAGAACGAAAGAUGUGAGCCCCAUUCAUUUGCUAGUAGAAAGCCAGGUACAGAGAAGAGGGGAAGGUCUGCUUACUCCAUCUAUGUCAGAAUCUGAUCUUACAACAUCAGGGAGGUACAGAAUAAAGAAAGAUUCAGUAAAGAAGAGGCCUGUGUCUGAUCUUUUGUCUGGGAAGAAGAAUAUUGUGGAAGGCCUUCCCCCUUUAGGCGGUAUGAAAAAGAAUAAAAAUGAUGCAAAAAAAAUAGGACCUCUAAAACUAGCUGCCCUAAAUGGACUUGCUUUGACUAGAAUGCCUCUGCCAGAUGAGGGAAAGGAAGAAUCAACAAGAGCAACAAAUGAUGAACGGUGCAAAGCUCUGGAGCAGCGGCUGGAGCAGGGAAUGGUGUUCACGGAAUAUGAGCGGAUUCAAAAAAAAAGACUUAGAGAUGGUGAAUGCUCCAUAGCUCGGCUUCCUGAGAAUGCCGAACGGAACCGGUUUCGGGACGUCCUUCCCUAUGAUGAUACCAGAGUAGAGCUUGUCCCAACCAAAGAAAACAACACGGGUUACAUCAAUGCAUCUCAUAUCAAGGUCUCUGUUGGUGGCAUAGAGUGGGAUUACAUUGCUACGCAGGGCCCUUUGCAGAAUACAUGUCAGGAUUUCUGGCAAAUGAUCUGGGAACAAGGAAUUGCCAUCAUAGCUAUGGUGACAGCAGAGGAAGAAAGUGGGCGAGAAAAAAGCUUCAGAUACUGGCCACGUCUUGGUUCCAGACACAACACUGUAACCUAUGGAAGAUUUAAGAUUACCACACGAUUCCGUACUGACUCUGGCUGCUAUGCAACUACAGGUUUGAAGAUAAAACAUCUUCUCACAGGACAGGAGAGAGCAGUGUGGCACCUGCAGUAUACUGACUGGCCAGAGCAUGGCUGUCCAGAAGAUUUAAAAGGAUUUCUAUCAUACUUGGAAGAGAUACAGUCAGUGCGGCGCCACACGAACAGCACUGCAGAUCCUAAAAGCUCAAAUCCUCCUGUACUGGUACACUGCAGUGCAGGUGUUGGACGAACAGGAGUGGUCAUACUGUCGGAGAUCAUGAUUGCUUGCUUGGAACACAAUGAGAUGCUGGACAUCCCACGAGUGCUGGACAUGCUGAGGCAGCAGAGAAUGAUGAUGGUGCAGACUCUUUCGCAGUACACUUUCGUCUAUGGAGUUCUCAUUCAGUUUCUCAGAAGCUCUAGACUUAUAUAAUCCCCACCACUUCCUAAGGGAUAGAUACUGCAAGAGUUUACAGAAAGAAAAUUAUGGUUGCCCAUGCAGACCUGCUCUCAGUGGUGUGUUUGUUUUUUUGUUGGUUUUUUUUGUAUGAUGAAUCAUACAGUUACCUUUUAGGACUGGUAUGUGACUGUUAAAUGCAAGUCAGUGUAACAGUCCCUGCAAAACAGGAUCUUCGCUGGACUAAACUCCUCUCAUGUUCAGCUACAGUCAUAUUAGGGAAUGAUUUCACUUGUACUUGCAUGUGUUCUUUAGAGUGGUGUUACUCUGGGCAAAAUAAAUACCUUUUGGAAUGGAAGUACAUGGCACAAUUUUACUAAUGUUAUGUUUUAAAACAUAAUUGUUAACUGUGGGAAAGCUGAAAAUCCAUACCUGCACAUAGGGUGAGAGGCCUGCUCCUAAGGAAUGUCAAGGUCUUAUGCAGUUUCAUUCUGCUUUCAAUUUUAUAUUAAGAACAAUAUAUCUGUAUUUGUUUAAAUGAACAUUUGGUUUCCUCUGGUUUACUCAGCAAAAUAGCAGCUCUUGGAUACUUUAAACUGUUGCUUUAAGGACAGUUGUUUUUAUAUUCCACAUUUUUAAAUGGAAAAAAACCAAACGCCGUAACCCAAACCUUUGUAAAUGGCAGAGGAGAAAACUGAAAGUGAUUGAACUAGCUUUUCAAAUAUCAUUCAGAAAGCACUAGGGGAAGCUACCAGUAGGUAGUUGUAGUGCCAUGUAAUAGAACUGAGAAGUGAAAGAUUGUUAACUGUUGGUAACUUCCAUUUGAGCAGAGGCAUGUCUGCCUGAAACAAGAAGGAGAAAAAUAAUUAUUCACAAGAUUAUUGGUGACAAAUGGUUGAGAGAAAGUCCAUAUUCAGUAUUAUUCUUAUAUUUAGAGGACAGUUUGAUUUUACUGGCUGAAAUCAAAGUGGAUGCAAAUGUUUUAAGCACUUCUUUUGCUCUGUUAUUUAUGUAGAUAAACAUAGAAACUAUAAUCAUGCAUUGUUUCAUACGGUUAUAUACCGUUACUAAUCUGUUAUUUUUGGAAGAGCCUUUUAAGUUGAUGAAGUGAGAGAACCAAAACUGGAGUAAGAAGGUGCAUAGUGGCAAAGCAGAACUGAUCAUAUGAAACAUAAUGGAGGAGGUGUGGCAGCUGUGAUUGCUGCCUUGCAAAGUGCAAAGAUGACCCUUAAAAAUAUUUAUGUUCCCAGUCAAGAAAGCUUUUAAAGCAGGAGAAGUUUCAGUAGAAUCCUCCAGGUUAUUUUGGCAGUAUUAGAACAGAUUUUGCUAAUUCUGUGCAGCAUUGCAACGAAGGGUAUCCACAGAAGCCAUUUGAAAACACCUGCACAAUGUAAGAGCUCUUAGAGAGAACACUGGAGACGUGGGUAUUUUAGUAGCUGUGUAGGUGGAUGAGUCAAUGGCUGUAACAUGGACCUGAAGAUGAUUCAUACCUUCAGGAGUUUCUAUUUUGUCCCAUAGGUCUGGUCUAAUUACAGUAUCUCUAAAUAAUCCUGUCUGUGGUUUUCAAAUGGGGAUUGUGUGGUUUUACCUGCCUUUUCAAGUGUUUUGAGAUGCUGACGUGAAAAAGCCUACUCAAAAGUGAGCUAUUAGGUCUAAUUUAAACACAAAACCCAAACCUAUUUUCAAAGCAUGUUUAUGUGUCCGUUUCCCUUGAUAGCUGCGUAGUGAACUGAAAUGGUUCUGAAAGUUGUUUUUAUCAUUCAUGAAAUUAUUUUAUUUUUCUGAGCUGUAGCAAGGGUUUGGAAACUAUUAUGAAAAAUUAAAGCCCCCUGAAAACAACAAUUUUCUCCCAAAACAUUAAUUAAGAAUAAUAGGUUGCCUCAAUUUCCUAUGUAUCGACCACAAAUU